AUGUGCCUAUUCAGCGCUCGCAGGAGCACCAGCAGCCAGGACGAUGUCAAGAUCAUGGCCAAGGCGCGCCGGCGCAUGCCCACCUUCAACAGCCGCAACAAACACGGAGCCCAGGGGCUCAAGAGCAUAGUCGACGUCACCACGAUGCUGUCCCCGACCAAGGGCGGGUUCCACCGGCGGCCGACCAUCAGGAUCACCGACCACGGCGACACGACGGCCGUCAUCAACCGCACCUCCCCCAACACCACCCUCCAGUUCCUCAGCGAGCCCAUGCGGAUGCACCUGCGGCGCGUGUACGACGACCUGCGCGGGAGAUCUUCGUCGCUGUCAAAGGCCAAGUUUGCCAGGUUUCUCGAGAGGACACAGGGCGAGACGGGGUUCGAGCUGGAGGGGGACAGAUACAAGUUUGAGGAGUUCCUCGAGGUGUGGUCCUACCAUUUCCACUGGGAUGCGCAGAGGCGGGUCUUCGGCGUGAAGGACCUUUCCAGGCCCAUCAGCAACUACUUCAUCAGCAGUAGCCACAACACAUACCUGCUCGGGAAUCAGCUGUCUAGCGAGGCUUCGGCCGAGGCAUACCGAAGAGUGCUCAGACAGAACUGCAGAUGUAUCGAGAUCGACGUUUGGAACAGCCCGCCCAGGUCCGGUUCUCGAACGCCACGGACACGGUCAAGAUCCCCGCAUCCAGACCACAAGAGGCACCUGUCCUCCUCCUCAGUAGCGAGCACGCUUCGCGAGGCCUUUGAAAGCUUCGAGCCCAUCAAGAACUUCAGGUCUGCCAAGCACAGCAGGACGCCCAGUUCCAGCCAGCCGGCUCUCCUCCCGGAAGAGAGCCGCAGUAGCCUGGACCCAAAGGCCCUGCACGACAGGCUCGCGACGAGGAGGGCGAGGUCGCGGUCUGGCGGAGCGUCGAGCAGCCGAUCUGCGUCGGUAUCGUCGGCCGCGCGCAGGGCGAGGGACGAGCCCAUCGUCAUGCACGCACAUCACAUCCUGAACAACGACAUGUCACUCGGCACGCACGUGGGCUUUAGAGAGGUCUGCAAGGCAGUGCGCGAGACGGCCUUUGAAAACACAGACCUGCCUCUCGUCGUCAGCCUGGAAGUGCACGCCGACCACGAGCAGCAGGAAGUCAUGGUGGACAUCAUGAAGGAGGAAUGGGGCACCUUGCUUCUCGACCGGGAGAUCGAAGGGUGCGACCCACGACUACGGCUCCCGACUCUAGAAGACCUCCUCAACAAGAUCCUGGUCAAGGUCAAAAAGACCCCCGACAGAACCGUCGCGCCCAAGGGCACGGCCAACGCGCUCGGCAUGAACCUCGCGGCGUUUGAACAAGGCGAGGCGGCGGCAGCAGGCGGGGACGACAAGGCCGUUGCGCCGGCGGCGCGCCAGAGCAGCGGCGCGCCCUUGAAGAAGGUCCGCAUCUGCGAGAAGCUCAGCGCGCUGGCCAUCUACACGCACAGCGAGCACUUCAACAAGGGCAGCUUCUUCGAGGACCGCGGCGCGCGCACGCCCUCGCACAUCUUCAGCCUCGACGAGACGUCCAUCUCGGAGCUGCACGCGACUCGGCGGCGCGAGCUGCUCCGCCACAACCGCGCCUUCCUGAUGCGCGCCUACCCCAACGCCAACCGGCACUGGGACAGCUCCAACCCGGACCCGGCCUCGUGCUGGCGCAAGGGCGUCCAGAUGGUCGCGCUCAACUGGCAGAACCUCGACGAGGCCAUGAUGCUCAACUCGGCCAUGUUCGCCGGCCAGGAAGGGUGGGUGCUCAAGCCCGAGGGGUACCGCGCCGACGCCACCGGGGACGCGGGCCCGCGGCGACAGACGCUAGACCUCAAGAUCACGGUCCUCGCCGGCCAGCACCUCGAGCUGCCGAGCCUGAAGCGGCCGUCCAGCCACGCCGCGGCCGUGGCGACGACGGGCGUCGGCGUGAGCGGCGCGCCCGGCUACGCCAGCUUCAAGCCUUCUGUCAAGUGCAUCUUGCACGUCGAGAAGGCCGAGGAGCGCGCCGGCGGCGACGAGGAGGCGGUCAGGUACAAAGACCAUGUCAUCAGGCAAAAGACGCCGCCGCGGGAGACGGACCACCCGGAUUGGGGCGCCGCCGGUGCCACUCUUGCCUUUGAGUCUGUCAAGGGUGUGAUGGAGGAACUGAGUUUCGUCAGAGUCGAGGACGAGAACGCGAGCUACUACCAGGACCUGCGGAAGAAGCUCAACGAGGCACUGGGCCGAAACGACAACCUCGCCGGCUGGGCGUGCGUCAGACUCGACCGCCUGCAGCAGGGGUACAGGUUCGUCCGCCUCAUGGACGCACACGGCCGCCCGACAGAAGGCAAACUGUUCAUCAAGGUCGAGAAGACGCUGAAGAAGCCGUAA